AUGCCCAUCAAUGCCAUCACUUCCAACAAUGUCAUUAUCAAUGGUGCAAACAAGGCUGCAACUAUUGUGUAUUCGACAGAAUCAGGAACGAUUCUGGAUGUUUUAGAAGGAUCUGUGAUUCUGGAGAAAAGUGAGAUAACCAAAUACGAAAUAGAUACGCUAGAGAACGUAUCCCCAUGUACAAUUCUUCCGGGACUUGUGGAUUCUCAUGUUCACUUGAACGAGCCUGGGAGAACCAGUUGGGAAGGAUUUGAAACGGGAACUCAAGCUGCCAUUAGCGGUGGGGUCACAACGGUGGUUGAUAUGCCGCUAAAUGCUAUUCCUCCGACGAUAAACGUUGAGAAUUUGCGGAUUAAAUUGAAAGCUGCUGAGGGCCAAAUGUGGUGCGAUGUCGGGUUUUGGGGUGGACUUGUGCCACACAACUUGCCAGACCUAGUUCCGCUCGUUAAAGCAGGUGUUCGUGGGUUCAAAGGAUUCUUGCUCGAUUCGGGUGUGGAGGAGUUCCCCCCCGUUGGCAAGGAGUAUAUCGAAGAAGCAUUAGAGAUCUUAGCUGAGAAGGACACUAUGAUGAUGUUUCAUGCUGAGUUUUCCAAGGUAGACGAAGGCGAACAGCAGCUCGAGGAAAGUCAUCGUAAGUAUUCUUCGUUUUUAUCUUCAAGACCGGAUUCUUUUGAGAUAGACGCCAUCAAUUUGAUUCUCGAAUGUUUGAGAGCCAGAGAUGGCCCAGUACCUCCUGUACACAUAGUUCAUCUAGCGUCAAUGAAAGCGGUUCCCUUGAUCAGAAGGGCACGUGCUUCAGGAUUACCUGUCACAACAGAAACGUGCUUCCACUAUUUGUGUAUUGCUGCAGAGCAAAUCCCAGACGGAGCCACUUACUUUAAAUGCUGUCCACCCAUCCGUUCUGAAUCUAACCGCCAGGGCCUCUGGGAUGCAUUGCAUGAGGGAGUCAUAAGCUCAGUAGUCAGUGACCAUUCGCCUUGCACGCUGGAGUUGAAGAAGCUGCAAAAGGGUGAUUUUCUUGAUGCUUGGGGAGGAAUCGCUUCUGUUGGACUGGGUUUGCCGUUGAUGUUUACUCAGGGUUGCUCUCUAGUUGACAUCGUCACAUGGUGCUGCGAAAAUACUGCCAAACAGGUGGGACUAUCUCACCAGAAGGGCAGUAUAAUCCCCGGGUACGAUGCUGACUUGGUAGUGUUUGAUACUGAUAGUGAGCACAAGAUUACUAAUUCAACCGUCCUCUUCAAAAACAAGUUAACCGCUUAUGACGGAAUGACGGUCAAGGGUACAGUCUUGAAAACUAUACUAAGAGGCCAGGUGGGAUAUACGAAUACCAACGGAGUGUCGAAGAAACCAUUAGGCCAAACUUUGCUGGACUCCAGACGUUAA